AUGUUAUUUUGUACCAUUAAAUCAUUUAUAUUUUCAAUCAUAUUAGGAACACUAACCUUAAUUUAUAAUAAGGACCGUAAUGGCUUAUAUAAAAAUUUGAAAUAUGAUAACAUCGUAUUAGGGUCAAUAAAUUAUAGAUCCUUAGCAGAAUUAUCGCAUGAUCAUAGAACAAAUCAAAAACAUAAAAAUAACCAAUUAAGAGAAUACCAAAAAACUAAAGAAGAACAAUACAAAAAAAACAAAUAUCCAAACGAUGAUGCAAAAACGAAACAGAAAAUACCACAAGGAACAGAAAAUAAAAAUACUGGAACACCAAAUAAAAUGAGUUCUAAAAAAAAAACAUAUGGUAAUGAAAAAGAAGAAAAAUCAAACAUAUCUGCUCGUCGCCUUAGAUAUUUGGAAAUGCAAAGAAAGCUUUAUAAUGAUUGUGAAGUAAAAGAAGACUGGGAGCUUCAGAAUGAUUCAGAUGAUGAAUAUAAAUAUGGGUGGAAAAAAUGCUUGAAUAUCUUUUUUAUUAUAUUGUUAAUAAUCACUGGUCAUUGCCACUAUUUUUGUAUGUCUUGGAAAAAUAAAAAAAAUAAAGGGAAAUAG